CAUCAAGAUGUCUCCUCGUGCAGUGAUCAGCUUGCUGGUGGUUUGCCUCUGUCUGGCCUCCACAGAAGGAAGAGCAUUCAAAAAUGAGAAAGCACGGUUGAAGCGACAAGCUGGAAGUAGGGGUGUUCCCAGGAGCCAUCGCAACUGCACCUUCACUACCCUUGCUGACCAUGGCAUGAUCCAGAGCCUGCCUGGUACAGGGGAGGACUACCAGAACAACCUCAACUGCAGCUACGUCUUCAAUGUGCCCAGGAACAGCAGUAUUCACUUCAACUUCACCACCUUCGACCUCGAGGGCGGUAAUGGAUGUCCCUACGAUUAUGUUCGGAUCAAUGGUGGACGAAGAUGGUGUGGAAGUACCAUUAACGGGAGGCAAGUGAACGGAACUGGUGAGGUUGUGCUGAGAUUUGUCACCGACGGUUCAGUGACAAGCAGAGGUUUUGUGGCUCGCUUCAACAUCAGGAUGGAAAAUGGAACAUCUCCGAACACAACAGUCGCACCAGCCAACACGACCGUCGCACCAAGCAACACCACCGUCGCACCAGGCAACACCACCAUCGCACCAGGAAACACGACAGUCGCACCAGGCAACACGACCGUCGCACCAGCCAACACGACAGUCGUACCAAGCAACACGACAGUCGCACCAGGCAACACGACCGUCGCACCAAGCAACACGACAGUCGCACCAAGCAACACGACCGUCGCACCAAGCAACACGACAGUCGUACCAGGCAACACGACCGUCGCACCAGGCAACACGACCGUCGCGCCAAGCAACACGACCGUCGCACCAGGCAACACGACCGUCGCACCAGGCAACACGACGGUCGCACCAGGCAACACAACCGCCGAACCAAGCAACACGACGGUCGCACCAGGCAACACGACCGUCGCACCAAGCAACACAACCGUCGCACCAAGCAACACGACAGUCGCACCAGGCAACACGACAGUCGCACCAGGCAACACGACGGUCGCACCAGGCAACACGACGGUCGCACCAGGCAACACGACGGUCGCACCAAGCAACACGACAGUCGUACCAGGCAACACGACCGUCGCACCAAGCAACACGACGGUCGCACCAGGAAACACGACAGUCGCACCAAGCAACACGACAGUCGCACAAGGCUACACAACCGUGGAACCUUCUGACGAAACAACAAAUGCCUGCAACUACGACACUGCCUCCCUGGAAGGCAGAAUAUCUCUGGCAACUGAUAUUGAUGGUUUCUACACAAACAACGAAGAGUGUCGCAUCAAUCUAUAUUCCCCUGCUCUUCCCCACGUGACAAUGAUCAAUUUCACACGCUUUGAUGUUGAAUAUAAUAGCAACUGUCGUUACGACAGCCUGUCAGUGAAGCUUGGAAACAACACCAUCGACACACUAUGUGGAAACAACAGAGGUCCCUUCGUGAAGCAAUACUCUAACGCAGAACCACUCCUCGCCAUGACAUUCGUCAGUGAUUCGAGUGUUUCGGGUCUCGGUUUCGCAUUCGACUACCAGACUGAAGUAGAGUACUGUAAUGCUGUGAUCAAUGGUACAUCCGGGUCAUUCGCAACUCCCCCUGGUGGCUACAGUCCCAACAUGGCAUGCACAUACACCAUCAACACUCCCACGCCAGCUGAACUCCACUUCACCUUCGAGGAAUUUGACAUUGAGAGUGCAAGCAGAUGCAUGUACGACGCCGUUACCAUGGGCGAAGACAGACUGUGUGGAAGCAACCCCGGCAGCAAGACAUACCAAUCUGAUGGAACCUUUGUGAUCACCUUCACAUCUGACGGCUCCGUGCAAAGGGAAGGUUUCUACAUGUCCUUCACAUCAUCGCCAGUGGCAUAAACAGACUGACCUACACAGCGAGAUCUAGUUGACAACAAUAUGAGUAAAUAAACUCCAUGUGCUCUA